CGCCAGGCUUCGUCACUUUCCGCGCUCUUCAUAUUAGUUCCCACGCACUCUCCUUCCCUGCGCCGUGCUGAGCUGGAAAAUGGCUGUGUAGGGGAGCGGAGAGUCAUGAACGGGAAAGGAAAGAAAGAGCGAGCGAAAGAAGGCGAAGCAGUAAGUGAACUCAGGGUUUGCUAGAAGUUUAAUGCACUUCGAGAAGAUAUCGUCCGCACAUACGGCACUACACGGACCGUGUCUGCUACUUUAUGUUAAAGCGCCGCAGCCGAAAGUGAGAAGAGUCAAGAAAUAUCCGCGGGUCGGUCAUAAUCCCUGUCCAGAACACAUUGGAGCCCGAAAGAACCAAAGAGGAUUAAAGACCUUCCCACUCUGCUCGCCCUCCAAUCGGAGCACUUCAUUUGACCGUGGGGAGCCAACGGUGCAGGGCCCACAACUGGCGAAAUCUUUUACCAGGCUGCUCCAAUAGCGCCCUGCCAGCAGGUUUUCGCUGCUUGAAAGAGCAUGUUGCCAACGCUCUCCCUCUGCUCCAUCAUCUGGCUCAACCGGGGUAUCAAGCUGAGGAAAGUGCACCAGUCCACAAACACCGGCCAGGUGUGAAAUCGGUGCCACCACAAACAUAAUAGCAGCAGAACGCCACCUUAUCGACUUUUGAAAAUGCUUCUAAGCUUCGGGUGACUUCCCCUCCUUGCCUCCUUCCCCCCCAACCUCCCAGGCUGACACCAGAGUUUAGUGACUCAACAGCCUUUUUGGUUUCUGAGCAGGAUUUCUGCAUAGUCAAACCCUGUUGCAGUGGGACUCUGGCUGCACCAUCUAAUCCUCUGUUUGGUGGCCAUUUUGAUUUUUGCCUCCCUAACAAAAUGGCGGCGGAAGGCUUUCAGUACCUCGCUCUCUACUCAUUCACCAAGGACCAGGAUGAGGACUUGGAUCUGCAGCCUGGAGACCUUCUGACAGUCAGCAAGGCCUCUCUGCUGUCUAUGGAGAACUAUCAGGAGGGCUGUGUGGAGCAUCCUGAGCGACUCGGCUGGCUCCUCGGGUACAAUGAGCGCACCAAACAAAGAGGCGACUUCCCUGGGACGUAUGUUAAGUAUGUGGGACCGGUCAAGAUGGCACUCCCGUCGAGCCAACCCAGGUCCCAGCGACCUCUCCCUGCUGCUCCACGACCAGAAUCGUCUCAAGCUGUUUCUGUGCCGGACCUGAGCGAGCAGUUCACACCGCCGGAGACGGCUCCCCCAGCCCUUGUCAGCCUGAUCCAAGCCAUAGAGAAAAGAGGUCUGGACUCCAAGACCUUGUACAGGACAGAUGAUUCUUCAGGUUCAGACAGUGCAGUGUACAGCCUAAGCUCCGACAGUGACAUGGUUCAGAAAGAUGUGGGUCCCUUAUCUGAGUGUGUCCUGUGCUACCUGAGAGACCUCCCGUCACCUGUCAUCCCUGCCUGUAUCUACCCUCACCUUCAAACAGCUGUCUCACUGCAGCAGCAGGUCCUACAACAGUCAGCGGAUGGUGCAGUCGCUGGAAGCCAUGACAGAGAGGUAAGCCUGGUCCUCGAGAGUUCCACCAUGGUCCCUCUCCAUCAUCGUCUCACCCUGCAGUACCUCCUCACACACUUGGCCAAGGUCACCCAGGCGCAGUUCAGCAAUGGCCUGGACACGCACACUCUGGGACUGAUCUUUGGACCACUGCUGAUACGGACAGGCCCGUCCACCUCAGGGUUGUCAUUGGAUGAGGAGUUCGCUGGCCUUGUGGUGGAGAGACUUCUGAUAGAGAGAACUGCAGAGCAAGACCUCACUCCUCCAGUCCUUCCAGCAAAGCCAGUCAAGCCAAAAAUGGCCCCGUCAGCCAUGACAGACAUAAGCAGCCUGCUGAACGACGCUGAGUGGUACUGGGGAGAAAUCUCCAGGGAGGAGGUGAAUGAGAAGCUGCGAGACACUCCAGAUGGCACCUUCCUCGUCCGAGACGCCUCCAGUAAGCUGGAGGGCGAGUACACUCUCACCCUCAGGAAAGGGGGAAAUAACAAGCUUAUAAAGAUUUACCACAGAGAAGGGAGGUACGGCUUCUCAGAGCCGCUUACUUUCCUGACUGUAGUGGAUCUCAUCAAUCACUACCGCCACGAGUCCCUGGCCCAGUACAAUGCCAAGCUGGACACCAAGCUUCUGUACCCUGUCUCCAAAUACCAACAGCUGGUGAAGGAGAACAGUAUAGAGGAGGUGGGGGAGCAGUUGAAGGUGUAUCACGAGCAGUACCAGGAGAAGAGCCGCGAAUACGACUGUCUGUACGAGGAGUACACUCGCACCUCACAGGAGCUGCAGAUGAAGCGCACAGCCAUCGAGGCCUUCAAUGAGACCAUCAAGAUCUUUGAGGAGCAGUGUGAGACUCAGGAGCGCUACAGCAGAGAGUCUUUGGAGCGAUUCCAGCGGGAGGGCAACGAAAAAGAGAUUCAAAAGAUCCAGAGCAACUCUGAACGUUUGAAGUCUCGUGUGAAGGAGAUCCAUGACAGCAAGCGUAAGCUGGAGCAGGACCUGCGACAGCAGGUCUCUGAUAACCGAGAGAUCGACAAGAAGAUGAACAGUCUCAAGCCGGAUCUCAUGCAGCUCCGCAAAAUCAGAGACCAGUAUUUGAUAUGGCUGACACAGAAGGGGACAAGGCAGAAGAAGAUCAAUGAAUGGCUGGGUAUAAAGAAUGAUGCUGAUGACUCCUACUCACUGGAGGAGGAUGAGGGCUCACCCCACCAUGAUGAGUGUACCUGGUAUGUGGGUGAUAUCAAACGCACCCAGGCUGAGGAAAUGCUGAGAGGCAAAUGUGACGGGACCUUCCUCAUCCGUGAGAGCCAGUCACAGAAGGGCUCCUACGCCUGUUCUGUAGUUGUGGAUGGUGACACCAAGCAUUGUGUCAUCUACAAGACCGCCACAGGUUAUGGAUUUGCCGAACCGUACAAUUUGUACUCGUCCCUCAAAGACCUGGUGCUCCACUACAAAAAUGUCUCUUUGGUCCAACACAACGACCAGCUGAAUGUAAAUCUUGCCUACCCAGUCCUGGCCCGCUCUCAGAACCAGAACCAGCAUCCCAGAUGAAUUAUCCACCAGCAGUGUAGAUGCCAACCAGGGUGGGGAAACUAAAUUUUCACUCAUAUCCAUUGGGGAAAGAAUGAACCUCUGAACAAUGCUUGUUCUUGUUUAAGACUCAGCAGCCACUUUUUGAAAUUUAUACUUUUUUGGCUGGAGCCUGGUGCUACUUUCCUUCACAGACCCCAGUCCAGCAAAGAGUACUCCUUGCUAACAGCAUGGCUUCAAAAUAAGCUCAAAACUACCAGUAACGAAGCACUGUACAGUUAGCUUGGCUGAUGCAGUGAGAGUGGAGAGUGUUGCAUUAGCCAGCCAUGACUCUACAGUGUCAGUUAUGAUUUUAAAAAAAAGUCUGGAAAAUUCACAAAGAAAAUUCUUGAUACACAAGAAAAACAGGCUACAUGUGUUGAAAGAAAACAAAAUAAGCACACAAAACAGUCAUUUUUAAAGAUUGCAGAGGACAGGAGAGAAACCAGAUGGAGGGAUGAUUUUUUUUCGGGAGGCACUUUUUCUUUGCCUCAAACACGUUAAAACUGUCCAUAGACAAAGGCCCGAUCUGUCAUCCCCAGACUGCCUGCAAACUCUCUGUCGACAAAAGCCUGAGCUGUCAUCCACUGAAUGGACUGGCUUGGCUAAACCAGGCUGCUCACUUCACACCUAAAGGCGGCUGAGAAACCAUGGACCAGGGGGGUGUAGUCACUGGAGCCGGGAGGGGGAUGUGAGAGGGCAGGGGAGAUAAAUUGCUGGGGUUGAAUUUUUUUUUCUUUUUUUUUGCCAUUUUUAAAAUGAUUGAUUGAAUUUAAAGCUUGCUUAAGUGCCAUAGUAAUAGCUUUGAAUGACCACAAGCCUGUGUUACUAGAACAAGGAGGCACGUCGAGGUUGAAAGAAGGAGGGAAUGAGCGGCUGUCGACAUAGACAAAGCUACAGCUUUAAAGGAUACACACAUAUAGGUAUAUUUUUAUGAAAUGAUCUUUAUUUCCAACUGCUUUGGCUUGUUGCCCCCUCUCUCAGUGGGCCUCCUUUCAAACUGACGAGGUACAACAUACAGUGAAUACUUUUACUGCAGGAUAGAAAACGCAUGGUACAUACUUGUUGUAUUGUGACUAUAGAAUGGUUUAUUAAUCACAGUACACUAGAUGCAGAGGUGCAUUGAUUAGUGUGGUUUCACAUGAUUCAGGUUUCCUUCUAAAUGGAAAUUGUGGAAAGACUCCUGCAUCAAACAUCUCUUUGCUUCAAACUUCUUCCUUCUUUUUUCAUCCUCUUUAAUACUGUAGCACCUGUAGCCAUUGACUUAAGGCAUAACUGUUAGUGCUCCUCUCACGUGUCUACUUUCUAUAUGCUUAAGACACUUGCAGAGCAUCAACCUACGUGAUUAUUGUAUCUUUGGUACUGUAUUUGCCCCGUCUCUAGUUAGAUUAGACUGUUUUAGCGGUACAGUGUCAUUGCAGGUGUUUAUUGUUGUUUUUGUUUUUUUUUUUUAAUGCAGAUUUCCUCACGGUACUUCCUGCUUCCCACCCUUAUGCUUGACUGUUCUUUCAUCACAAGCUUGACUUACAGAGCUGUAGAUCAUUGAUGUACAAAACAAAAAAGAAAGAAAGCAGUAAUAUAACUCAUGUACAGUAUAUUUCAGACACACAUGCAGUCAGUGUAUGUGACCUACAGUUUCAUCGCUGUGUUUCUUUAUGUUUUCUGAAUAUGCUCUUAGAUUCUGUUUAAGGAUGCACAGUAUCCAGCUAAUGUGAGCCAAAUGAAGGAUGUCUUUUCAUGUAGCAAGAAAGAAAAAAAAAAAAGAACCAGUCCUUUUGCCAUACAGCAUGGCCUCUGUGGUCUGAGAGAUUAUGUAGUACGGUAUGCAUGGAGACCUUCAUUUGGGUUGUUGUUUUUUCGUUUUUUCCAGUUGGCACCAGUGGUUGAUAAUUGUACUUUUUUUGCAUUGCAUAUACAGUAUGAUGCGUGGUAGUACAGUACUAUGCACAACACGGUCGUAUGUGGAUAAUGUGUUUUAAAUUUACUGGGUUCUCUGAUCAGCUCCCUCCCUCAGUCCUGUGCUGUGGCAGUGGAUUUCACUCGUUUCCCUCACGUUUGUUCGGCUCGAGGUAAAGAUUGUACCAUCUUUGUUCUAUGUCACGUUAAAAGCACAGUUCGUUUGUCUGGAGGCAGGGUUAUUCGGUUAUUCUCGCGUGGUCAGUGAAAAAGAAAAGGCAUCACGAGAUGUCUUUUUUUAAAUUUGAUUUACUUAGUUGAUGUCUUGAGAAUGAACGAAUAUGAAUAAUCUCUCAAAUUUCUUACUUAUAGUAGACUCAGAUUGCCAAAAACAAAACAAAGUAUUUUUUUAGAAACAUAUAGAAGAGUCAGAAGCCACUGGCAAUAGAAAGUUUUAGAAAAAAAGUGCACUUUUUAACUUUUUAAAAAGUUGCACAUUUGGCAUCAUAGAUUUUUCUUUGUUGUACAGCAAUAGAAAUUGAAGUUUUGUUCCAAAAUGAGAUAUUCACUUACUCUUAUGGUCAUGAAACCAGUAAUGAGUUAGUAUCAACACUAUGUUUCAUCUAGAAAUAAGAUUAAAUUACCAACAAGGCUUUUCUGCAUAUCAUCACUUCUGUUUUUGAUGUUGAUUGACAAAUUUCAGAUUGAAACAUGAUUUUCAAACAGACCAAUCCCACAUUUAAGUGAAACCCAACUCUGAAAUGUCCAAAUUCAAGAGAUCAGUUUGAUUUCAGUCAGGACGAAUCAGCUGUACUGUACUUUGCACAGUUCUUGGCAAGUAGAAAAUUCCCAAGAAUUAAAGAAGAGCUGACGGCGGUGCUCCUGAUUAGAGGGCUAUUAAAAAACGUAUGAGUGAGAAAGAUUAGAAGUGCCUUUAGUCAUUGUGAUGGGCUUGUCUGCUCCUCGUUGUCACUGGCGCGCUGCUCUACAAGAUGGUGCCACUGCCACCAUGUGCUGUGCCCCAUGGCUCACACACUUACCAUUUAUCAAAGACUAAAACGGUAUCUGGCAAAUGAGAAUACUUGUUGCCAUGUGCGUGUGCGUGUGUGUGUGUGAGUGAGCGAUUGUGUGUCUGUGUGCGUGUUAGAGCAAAUCUGAGCAUCUUUUAGAGAUAAUAGAGUGGCAGAUUUUAGUCGUGCCUCUUUGUUGUUACAUCUAUAGAUGUUACAUAUUCCUUCUCUCUGUGUUGGGGGCUGUCAACUAGCUUGGUGCUCUCUCUCACUCUGCACCAAAGCUAGAUUUCUUUGGUGUUUUUUUUUUUUGUUUGUUUGUUUGUUUGUUUGUCUGGUAUAUUUUUUGAAUAAAACUCAGAUAAGAUAGAAAUGUGAACCGUAAACAUUCGUGGCCCAGCCCAGUUGUUCAAAGCUCAUUCGAUAAGCUCUCAAGUUAAUGCAUGCAGCAUUUCUCAGUGUUUUGUAUUAAGAGUCAGUUCCCUCGUGAACAGGAGUCAUCCACCACUGCUAACACAUCUUUUAUCCAGUUUGUUGGACCAACACUUUUGUGACUGCACUUUUUUUUUUCUGUUCCACACACUCAAAGUGGUGUGUCUAACGCCCAACAACCAUAAACUGACAGACAGUGGUGAAGCUCGGUUGUCAAUAGUGUUUUUAGUUGAUAGUUUUAAGGUCUUUUCAUACAGUAUAUUGGGAGUGAUUGACAUUUUUCUUUACGAUAUCAGAAUAUACAGUGUACAGUAUAUGCUUUUGUUGUUUUUUUUGCGGUCACCGACUGUCAUGUAAUUCUGAUGCUUUUGACUGAUUGCAAUGUUUUUCAUUAUAGAGUUAGUUUUAUUAUAUGGACUGUGUAAACUCUGUAAUACUUUAAAGGCGAGCUGCUGGCUCAUUAUGCAAUAUGUGACCGCACAGCAAAAUUGCGCAACUUAACAAGAGGGUCCACAUUACAGAAAGACAAUUUUUCGCUUACUAAUAGCAGUAUCUGACAUGCUGAACAGAUACUGUGUAGGAGAAUCGUUCACAGUGAGGUCUGUGGAUUAUCCAGAGCAACAAAACGUAGUUCUUGGGAACACUUAUUGCUGUUGAUUAUUUCUAAUGUAGUUUUCAGAAGUUUUUAGUAGCAUAAAUUAAAUUCUGUUCAUCUCCACUGUACUUGUUUGGUGAAGUUUCAGAUAUGGAUAUCGCAAAAGCUCAGCACAUCAAACUGAAACUGACUGCAUGUCCAGAUACUGUGAGGGUUAGGUGUAAACUUGCAUCCCCGUUUUAUUUGGGUAUAAAUUUGUCUGGGAAAAUCAUGCCAGUGGAGGGACAUAAUGUUGGUUAACCCCAAAGCAGUUCAUAAACAAGGUGGUUCUGCUUCCAUUUAAACAAUUUACUCAAUAUUUUUAUUUGCUUAAAGAAAAAUUAUGAUGUUGAACCAAAUAGCUUCCUGCAUCACUUGUUAAGAUGAACAUUUUUGCAGUGUAGGUGAACACUUUCAUCUGCCAUAUAUGCCAUGUUAAUCACAGAUGUUUAAUAGCUAGAAGCAAUGCAACUUUAGUAGCAAUGAAACCUGGUCAUGCAGUGAGACGGGCAUGAAACGGGCAGAAGAUGAUUGCGCUUUGACUUCGAGUUGAGACUUUAAUCCCACUUGCAGUAGAUGUUACUCUGAAACUCAAAGCUUUCAUUCUGCUCAUCUAUUAGAUAUGCAUUUGUGUCAGAGCUUCUUGAAAAACGUUUUUCUAUAUGACGAAUGAUCAUUCAAGGAAUUAAGUAUUUUUUCAUCGUCUUUGGUACACUGUAAAUGAUAUUUCUUGAACUGGCCUCACACACAAAGCACAUCUUUCACUGACUACAAAGAAAGACAUAUAUAUGGUGUCUAUUAAGGUUUGAAGAACGAGAAACAUACUAGAGAAUAAAUAUUUUGAAAUAUAUACUUAGAUAUCUAUAUUUUUGGAUGAUGUAAUUCUGAUUUGGAUUGUGCUUGAAACAAAUCAGAAAGAGGCUUUGAUGUGAACGUGAUCUUUAGUCUUGCUCCACGGCUGCUUUGUAUCUGAGCAGUUAAUGAAACGCAAGCAUUUUUACUAAUCAGCUGCAGUGAGCUUCAUCAUGAUCAGCAACAUACUUUGUGGUUACAGUUUGAUCGACACACAUGUAAUCUAUUGAUUUAUUGCGCAUGAUUAUCAGGUGCAUUCAGAGGAUGAAGCAAGCUUAUGUACAUGUGUUAAUAUUUACAGAGCUGAGUCUAUACGUUAAAUGCAGUCUUGGCUGCUUUGCAUAUAUGAAAUAUUAGAGAGGAGUUGUUUCUUUUCUCUCCUUUUUUUUUUUUUUUUGGUUUUUUUUUUCUCCUUGAGCUUGAGAAUCUGUUUUGUCAUUUGGAGGAUUCUGGUUUUUUGUGAGUAGACCUGAGUGUUAAAGUUCCACCGCAAAACAAACACUUAGGAUGCUGCCACAGAGAUCCGCCACAGGUCGGACACUGAUGCUGUAGCGAAGUGAGCCAUCUUACCACUGUAUCACCUGGUAGAUCUCUGUGGUUGUAGUUUUAUUUUUCUCUCUCUCUCUCACACACACACACACACACACACACACACACACACACACACACACACACACAUAGGCAGGAAGAAAAUUUGUUAACCUACAAAAGGUACACGAUUCAGCAGUUCACGAUCACUCCUUUACGCAGAUCUUUGUACAUGGAACAAUGAUGGCAUUAGAAAGUGUUCUUUUAUGGUGCCUGAGUAUUUUUUUUUAUUAUUCUUUUUUUUUUUGGCUUUUUAAAAAAGCUGAUGGAUUUGUCUGUCCAAGUGUUGGUUAUUUUUGUUUGUUUGUUUGUUUAUCUCUGUUAAUGAUAACCUUUCAGAGCCUAUAAAGAAAAAAAAUAAGCUAGCUUGAAAUUUUUUUCAUCCAUACAGAAAAAAAAAGAAAUACAAAUGUUUACAAUAUGUAAUUAACCAAAUAGUAAAUAUGUGUUUGAGAAUCAAUCUGUCUGUCCCUCAAAGUGGCUGUUAUAGAUUGAUUUAUAUUUCAUUAUUUCCUGUCAUUUUAAACUUGAAAAUGUUAUGACUGCUUGUUCUGUUUUCUCUGUUCCGGUUUGUUUCUCUUUAAUUUUUUCGUUCUUAUGAAAACAGUGCUCCCUCAGUUUCAAUAUAAUAGUUCAACAAGAUUCAUUUUUCCAUAGCAUACAGAUAUUUAUCAUCUUCAUCAUUCUUUACCUGCUGACUACUUCACCUUACACUGAGCCUUGUAUAUGCAGGACUAAAUCCUAAAAUGAGAUGCCGCCAUGUCUUUUGCUGUUUAUAUUAUGUAAAGUAUGGUAGACUUGAGUAUGGCUCUGCCAGGUGUUUCUCUGGUAAACACACCACUUGGUGAACGUGCUCAAGGACAGUUUUAGUACAUAAACAGAGCUGGAAAUUCAGGAAUAUCAAGAGGCAUCCUAUUCUUGCUUUUGCACUACACAGCACAUGAUGCUCAAAUGAAAAGCUGAAGCAAUGGUUGGUUGACUAAUUUUUAAGACCAAAAUUUAUCCACUAAAAACUCAGCUUCUGUGUGAUUUACAUUUAAGAUAUGAUGAUGUUAACAACUGCACUUUCAGUUCCCUUUUUCUGCCUGUAUCCAGUCUUCUCGCAUCGUCACUUCUCGGUCUGGACCUUUAUGUGAAAGGUUUCCCUUGGUUUGAUUAUUGUGAAGGGAAUGUUGUAAUAUUUUUCACUGGUGUAAAGUAGUUCAUAUUCGGGACCCUCCUCUGCGCACUAGAGACAAGACGGACAGUGAUCCAUUCGGCAAUACCCUGGGAAACAUUACAUAGCAGCAACAAUUUAAAACGUGUACGCAUUUUUACAGUAAUCACAAGGCAAUGUCCUGUCUCCUUUGCUGUAGCAUGUUGCCCAAAAUGUUGCCUGGUGUAUCACUGCCUCAGCAGCAGCGACAGUUGUACGGUUCUUAAUGCAUAGCAAAUAAUGAUGUGGUUUCCUCUUUCUUUCUAAAACAAUGAAUGGAAAUGAAUGGAGCAGUCAGAUAAAGCUACUCUACACCAAAGUGCAAUUGAACUCAGAGGGAGCACUGUUGUUUCAGCCAGUAGAGGCCUAUUGGUUGAGGUGUGCCCAACCCCUAUGCACGAAAAGAUGGUUUUUCUUCCUCUCUUUUCUUGUGUUAUUCUCCCUCCGUUGGUCUGUCUUAAUUCAGAUGCAACAUUGCUUUCUUUCUCUCGUGUACAGCUUGCUUCUGAGUUGUGUUUGUCCUCAGACAGGUACUCUUUCAUCUGUACGGUUCUUUCUUUAGGCUGAUGCAAUGAUUUUAAAAAGACAAUAAAAGAUAUAUGAAAUGAA